GCGGCAGUUAAAAUUAACACCUUUUGAAAUAUCACGAAGCCAGACGGACGUCGUAUAAAAUGACUAGAUGACUACAAUUAUUUUAAUGAUUAAAUAUUUACGUGAAAACUAUAGACAAAGGUUACGUACAAAUUGUGAUCGCGUGAAGUGCCUCCAACGAGAUAAAUCCGCUUGUUUUUCUUAUCAAGAUUAAAAUAGUGAUAAAGAUAUCGCCGCCAAAACUGUACAGGUGCAGCCGUCGGGCGAGUGUGUCGUGUGAUUCUUAAUAAAAUAAAAUAAAAAUGUGGGCAAAAAUAUUUACAACAGUGAAAUACACUUUGGUGACAGUGAAUUUGUUGUUCGUGAUAACUGGAAUCAUUAUAUUGUCGGUGGGUGGCUCGGUGCAGUCCGCCUAUAAUGGAUAUCACCACUUCCUUUCGGAUAGAUUCUUCUCGUUACCAGCAUUUUGCAUCGCGACAGGAAUUAUUAUAUUCCUCAUCUCAUUCUUCGGCUUCUAUGGCGCAUUUAUGGAAAAUUAUAUGAUGAACAUGGCGUUCGUCGGCGCCAUGAUACUGAUGUUUAUUUUCCAACUAUCGGCGUGUAUCGCUGGCUAUGCGCUAAGAGGUAACACUGUUGCCCUAGUGCAGCAGCAACUGAUGUCUACCAUGGAAUUGUAUGGACCUUCACUGGAAGUUACCAAGUUAUGGGACGAAGUUCAGGAAGACUUCGAAUGCUGCGGAGUGGUGAACGCGAGUGACUGGAUUGCGCCACUAGGCACCCAGCAGACUGGCGGUCUACCAGUGAGCUGCUGUCCUCACGUUUACGGCACCAUCCAGACGGUAAACUGCACCGUCAUCCAGGCCUAUGCCACUGGCUGCGCUGAGGCGUUCGGCGACUGGGUCAAAUCGCAUGCCACUGCGAUCGGAGUCGCGGGAAUCUUCUUAGUAUUAAUGCAGGCGUUAGCGGUGGGCGGGGCGUUAUGGAUGGCCAAGAUGUCGAGGGAAGAACGAGGCGCUUAUCCAUGAAGUUUCUAGUCCCUUGCUUUUAAAAUCACUUGAGGCAGCAUGUAAAUAGAAAUGAGGUCUUAUGCACAGGAAAAAAGUUACUGGUAUUUUAAAAUUUAAAAGAAAAAUAUGUAAAUAAUAAAAAUAUUUUUUAAAGUGAAUUAGGAUCCUAUUAGGUAUAUUAAAAUAUGUAGGAAAUUAAAUUGUUUGUUGAAUUUAAGAAUAGAAUACGUUAAAAUAAUAAUCCAGAUUUAUUGGGAAUGUGUUUAAUAAUGUAAAUUAUUUACUUUGAUUCAAAUCUCUUUUGCUUUUCAUUGCUUACAUACUGUCUCAAGCGAAACUAGAUAAAUUUAAGUAUCAAUCUGUAUAGCUAAUACUAGAAAUGUGUAAAAAUGUGACAGCAUUGUGAAAAUAUUUACUUAGUAUUACUAAGUUAUGUAGUGUACAGAAUAUCUGAUAAUCUGUUAUUGUUUUAUUUAAUAUUAUUAUGACUGAUGGUCAUUGUUUAAGUUAAAUUAUAGUUUAAAAGUUAUUUACCUUUCAGUUAUUUUUCCCUAGAAUGAACUGUUUUCCAGCAUUUAUUUGGUACAGAUAACGAGACUCUAGAAAUAAAUGUUAACCAUAAACAGACAUCAAAAUUAGCCAAAAGCUUUCUAUCCACAAAAAAAUAUAAAAAAAAUAGUAUUUAUGAUACGUAUACAUAUUUACCAAAAAGGUUUCUUAUUUAUAUCUCGUACACAUUCGUGUGAGUUCGAAAAACAAUUUUAAAAAUGUUGGCGGCAGAGAAUGGAAUUGAUUUAAAUAUGUAUGUAUUUCUAUUGUUAUUUUCACUUUGAAUAUUUUUUAAUUUACUCCAUUUCCUAUUAAAAUACUGUUAAAUAAAAAUGCCGCUAACUUGAACAUAUCGGUACAAGAAUAAAAGUAAAAAAAUUUGGUUAACGAGAUUGUUAUUUAUAAUUAAUACACUAUUAAGCUAUU